GUCGCAGUGAGAGCUCGCACGCCAGCCAGUCCUCUCCGUCUCUCUCUGUCUCUGUCUCUCUCUCUCCGCCGGCCGGACAGCAGCAGCAGCGCGCUCUAGCAGGCGAGGCGUCGUCAGCCACCCUCCCCCCCUGCACCCACAGCCUCGCCACGGGGCCGUCUACCAGUUGUCGCUCCAUCGAGGCAUGGGCCUGGCUGGUGUAUGACACCAAGCCCAACCUGCGCGGCAAGGUCACCAGAUAGGACCCUCAGGUGCGACCGUACUGAGCUGAGCUGACGGAACUGACAGAUCCUCUACAGCUGUUCACGCGUGAAGCUAACGGCUCGCAGUCAAGAUGGCGUCGACGCUGAACACGGUGGUCGACUACGUGGUGUUUGCUGUGUUCAUCGUGGCCUCGUGCUCGGUGGCCAUCUACAGCAGAUUCUCCGGGCCCAAGCAGAACACCAAGGCGCAGUAUGUGUUCGCCACGGGCAGCGUGUCGAUGGCGGCCAUGAUGCUGUCCAUAGCGCGUGGCACGCUGGGAGUCCGCUCCUUCCUGGGUUACCCGUCGGAGCUGUACUACAGGGGGAGCGCCAUGUGGGAGACGCUCUACGGCAUGAUAUGCGCCUACCCCAUCGUGUGCUUCGUGUUCGUGCCGGUCUACUACAGCCUGGGCAUCACGUCGGUCUACCAGUACCUGGACCUGCGGUUCAAGUCGCGGCUGGUGCGCUGCCUCGCCUCGCUCACCUACGUCAUCCGCAGCCUGCUGAACCUGGGCGUGACUGUGUUCACGCCCUGCGUGGCCCUCAACACGGUCAUCGGCCUGCCCUACUGGGCCUCCAUCUUCGGCAUCUGCUUCAUCAGCAUCAUCUUCACCAUCAUGGGGGGGCUGAAGGCAGCCAUCUUGGCGGACGUGCUGCAAGGACUGACCAUGAUCUUCUGCAGCUGCGCCAUCAUCGUGCAGGGCGCGCUCAACACGGGGCUGUCAGACGUCUACACGGUCCCGCGCGACGGCGGCAGACUCAAGUUCAUGAACUUCGACCCUGACCCCACGGUCAGGGUGACCACCAUGUCCGCCCUGUUCGGACAGCUGUUCAUGUCGCUGUCCAUAUUCGGCUGCCAGCAGAACUUCGUGCAGCGCUACUGCAGCAUGAAGUCCCAGAAGACAGUCACGCAGACCCUGAUGGCCAACAUCCCGGUCAUCACGAUCCUGUUCAGCCUGUCGUGGGUGGCCGGCAUGGUGAUCUACGCCAACUACGCCGACUGCGACCCGCUGUCCCUGGGCUACAUCAAGAAGAUAGACGAGAUAGUGCCCUUCUUCGUGGAGGACCAGUUCACGUACCUGCCCGGCUUCCUGGGCCUCUUCAUGGCCACGCUCUUCAACGGCGCGCUCAGCCUGGCCGUGUCUAACCUCAACUCGCUGGCCACGGUCACGUGGGAGGACUUCGUGAGCCAGAUCCCUCGCUGCAGCCACUUCACGGACCGCCAGCAGCUGCUCACCAUCAAGAUCAUCGGAGCGGUGUACGGGGUGGUGAUCGCCGGCAUCUCCGUGGGCGUGGGCAUGCUGUCGGGGGUCAUAGAGUCGUCCAUGCUCAUGACCUCGGCCACCAGCGGGCCGCUGCUGGGGGUCUUCCUGCUGGCCAUCCUCGCGCCCUGCGUCAACUGGAAGGGCGCCUCGGCGGGCAUGAUCGCCGGCCACGCGAUCACGCUGUGGAUCACGUUCGGCAGCCUGACGGUGGACAAGCGGCCCGUGCAGAUGCUGCCCCUGUCGGUGGAGGGCUGCACCAACGUGUCGUACAACCACAUCAGCGCGCUCGCCUCGCCGCUGCUGUACGCCGAGGCGCCGCUCGAGUGGGGCAACCACUCCCUCCGGGAGGAGCCGCUCUACAGCUACAACCUGUCCCGCGUGGCGGCCCCGCCGUCGCCCGCGUCCUACACUCCCCCCAGUGAUCCCCUAUCGAAGCUGUAUUCCAUGACCUACAUGUACUACUCCUUGGUCGGCUGUGGCAUCACGUUGGUGGUUGGAGUACUCGUGAGUUACAUUGCUGGGACGUCGCCCGAGGACGCCUACGACGAGAAGCUGAUCCACCCGCUGGCGCUGCGCGUGACCCGCUGGCUGCCGGGCAAGCCGCGCCGCUUCGUGUCGGACAGGAUCACCAGCCCAGAGAAGCACAGGCAGUCCUCGGGGUCGUCUGCCGGCGAGGAGGAGGCGGGCUGCACGUCCUGCCCCUGCGUGUUCCCCGCCGAGGGGCGGUACCGCGGCCUGGACGAGCCCUACAGCGUCUGCAAGAGCCCGGUCUAGCCUCGACCCCCGCGUCAUGGACUGUCUUCCAGAGCCUGGAGUUGUUUAGCCUUACCCCGGGACCCUGACGACUCCCUGGGAGGCCCCUGUCUGCUACCCGGGUGGUCGCCAAGAACGAAGAGACGACCCGCAAGUGCCUGAGAGUGUUUGUAGCCCGACCGUGUUACAGGGACCCUCGAGGUCUCGGACUGCAACAGACGUCUCUUCUUUCAGUUCGAGGAAGGGAAAAAUAAAUAUGUAUGUAAUUUGUUUGUUUGUUUUGUGACUGAGAUGGGACUAAAAUACUGAACUUGUUAAUUUAUCUAGUAGGCCAGUUGAUCUCUUCGCCACUUCGUGCAGGAACUCGGCGGCGCAGCCGAGAUAGUUUCUAGUGGGUUGGAGCGGGGGAGAAGUGGGAUCUUUGACCGAUGCGAAGCGUUGUUAACGGGAGUUGUAAUUCCCGCAGCGACACUUCAGCAACUUUAUCUGAAGUAGUCUUUCAGAAACAAUUUCAACCACAAGCACAUUCCUUUGGCAAGUGUUCACGGUUGAGUGAGAUCCAAACACAUUUUUUUUUUCUUUCUUAUUUAGUUAGGGAGGGACUUGGAAAUAUUUCCACCACCCUACUUCGCUACGCCGUUGAGACUUACAAUUUAUAUGAAUGUUGAAUUCAGGUAUUAUUAAUUUAUAACUAGUUUAAAAAAAAAUAUUUUGUGGUGUUUUUUUUUUUUUUUUUGUUUUCAGUGAGCGUUUAGUUUAGAUAUUUUUGAGUAAUUGGGUCUUCUAUAGUUUAAGUGGCAUGCCAUUGAAUGUAGUUUAAACUUUACCACAAAGAUAUUAAUAUUUAAUUUUUGCAGGUGGUUGAUCAGUGUAUGCUGAAAUAAAGACUUCUUAUUAAAUUAUAAUUUUUUUCCAAUGUGAUUGUAGUAUUUAACAUGUAUUUUACGAAACAUUUAGCAGACAUUUUUCUGCAUCAUUAGUUUCAUUAUUAUUCCUGUGUGUAGCUUUUUUUUUCUUUUGUCAGUUUCAUCUCUGCUGUCGUAUUUAAUACAAUCAACUGCGAUUAAAACUCUUUACAUGUAGUUACAAUAUACUAGGUGCCAUUUUCCCAUCUGCUAUUACAGGUCGCUUUGUGUGCGACCGGCGAGUGUAAAGAGGAAUUGCUUGUCCAUCAUAAUUUCAGUGAAAUAAUAAAACUACUAGAUGUAUUCUUGCAGUGCAAGAGUGUACUCUGUAACAUUGUAACUCAGUCGAAAUGGAACCUAUAGAUGAAAUAUGCAAUUUCGCAUUGUAAUGAAAAUAAAAACUAAUAAAUUAUCCAUUUGUACUUUAAUACGCAAGCAGUAAAUGUUGUUAAUAUUUUUUAUGAAACUAUAUUAAAAAAAGUGAUAUUGUAAAUUUUUUCCGUGUGUGUGUUCGUGAAAAUGCCUUUCUUAGCAUUUUGUAAAUUGUGGCAAGAUAACUGCAGAUGAUUUUCAUGUUAAUAGAGCUCAUGUGUUUGUAGUUAGAUAUAUAUAGUUUUCUAGGUUUCCUUCUGUUACUUAAAUUCCACGUAAUAAUUUUUAAUGUAUUUUAAAUAUAUUUUAUAAUAAAUUUGGUAAUUACUUCUAA